AUGAUAUCGAGGAAGCUAAGCGUUUUGCUUAUUUUGGUUGUUUUAACGUCUCUCACACAAGCGAAAGAUGAUGAAUGCCCUCUGGAGUGUGACUGCAGUGCCGACUUUUCUGUGGUCAAAUGCCGGAAAAUGGAGAAGUUUCCAGUGUUCAGCUUCGCCCAAAAGGUCAAAACACUGUAAGUGUUUCGACAGCGUGGUCCACUUUUUAGCGCCUUUUGCUGAGUCACAAUAAAAGUGAAAAACUAUGGUCGAUGAAAAUCUUCAAUGGAGGACAGAAGAACUUGGGACUGUGUGAAGAAGCCCUUUUAAGCAACAGUACCGUAGGAUUCUGCUCCUAAGGACAAUUUUUUGUUCGGCUUUGGGUUCAUCCCGUCGUCCCCCCCCACCCCCCACUUCCCCUAGCAAUGUUGUGGCAAAAAAAAGCACUCAGUUUCACCCAUUUUGCUCCAGAUUCAACUUUGUUUGGGGUGGGAGGGGAGGGGUCGCUAGUUUUAGUAAUAUCACUGGAAAGGUCCCAACACUUUUGACCUCCAUUGUUGCAAAAAUGUUCUGGAUGUCUUUUUACCGACCCAAUCCAUGGAGAAAACCAUAAAACUAGCUGGAAUGAAAUUGUAGCUUACCAAAGCAAAAUGCGAAAACAAAGUCAAAUGCCGCAUAACUUCACUAAGUUUACCAUUUUCUUUUAUUGCUUAAAGCUCAAAACUGUUGCGCUAAACGAACAUUAUGUUUCAAAGGGUAAUUUUUUUAACCAAUAGCUUUCCGCUGUUAUCAGGGAUUUGACUUAUGGAAACAUCAGGACCAUAAAUAAAAAGGAGGUCAAGGCAUACACACAUCUGGAAAAUUUGUAAGUACCUAAAAUGAACCUUGAGCUCAGUGUACUCCUGAGGGACUGUUAAGCAACAAACCACCAUCAGUCCACGGCUAAAACAACCGUAACAAAAAGUGAAUUCGCCUUCUUAUAUUUUUUCUCAGACUGUAAAAAACCUAAACGAAUUUUUUCCUUGGAGUUGGAUAUUUUGAGCGGCAUCGAAGUUCAUGAUUAGAAAAAAAUCCUCGUCGUAUGUCCAUGCCCUCCAUAAAAGGUUUGAAAUUUUACUUCUUACUUGUCUAGAGAUCGAGGACGGUAAAAAAGGUGUGAUGUACGUGAAGAGUCUUUUUUUUGAUCAUUUAAAUUCAACUUUUGAAAUUGCUGUCACAGUAUUGCCCUUCAAAUGCAAUGAAAUGUAAAUCUAACCAUCUUUUUCACAGAGCUCCUACUUUGCUCGCGCCCCGCAAUUUUGCUUCGCGUUCGCGCUCGCUUGUUCAGGCUCGCUCUCGCCGACUCGCCGAUUAUCUAAAAAAACGAACAAAAACGUCUGUGUACAUGCUAAACCGUCUUCCCCUUUUCUGUGGCAGGUUCAUUAACCACAAUCCCCUGGACUGUGACCAUGCAACUACUUAUACCCUGAAACACGUAGUGAUAGAGAUUAUGAAGCUGAAGUCUUUCGAUGGGCAUAAGAUAAAAUGUCUAAAUUUGAAAAGAUGCCCUCAUGGAAUGGCAGGUAAGUAGGCUCGAUUUUGAAUGUAAAUUGCCAGAAGCACACAAAAACUAUGAGACGCAAAUACAAAAGUGUCCACGACGGGUGGGGGAGGGGAAUCUUGAAGGAGCUACCGAGAAUUUACCCCCCUAAUAAGUUUAAAAAGUCACAGAACCCGGGGAAGGGGUGUGGGGCCCUCUCAAAUCAGCAGAGAAGUUUUGAAGGGCUGUUUAGUAGAGCCUUCUCGCCGUAUUUUGUUUGCAAUGUUAGAUAAAUCGUCGCAGGAAUCGUUUUAUUAUUGCCUACAUUCUCCCUUUUAUUGUACCAGGAUUCCGCAUGUAUUUAGGCACAGCCUGCGUAGCAAUCCUUUCCGUGUAGUUUGGGAACAAGAAAAAGGAACGACGAGGAAAGGAAUUUUUGGUUUUGACCGCGCGAAAAAUGGAAUGACGGCCAAAAAAAGAAAGAGGGGGCAAGGGGAAAAGGAAAGAAGGAAACCCUUCCUUUCUUCCCCACCCCUCUCUGCUCUUUUACUCCCGCCAUUUUCGAACGGUCUUUGACUCUCGUUCCUUGUUCUUUGCUCUGAACCGCACGGAAAUACUUGCUACCCUGUGGGCUAAUUUAGCCACUAAAGCUUCCAGUUAUCCCCGACCCCUGUGGGAGGGGAAAUAAGAGAACAAAGGAACAAUACGCAAUAUGGGGUAUACUGCUGAAAUAUCUGAGACAAAUGACGAAGAGGGUGAUUUGAUGAAUGCGUAUGGCAUACAAAUUCAUUUUUAAACCCGUUGACUGUUUCGAUUUCCGUGGUGUGCUAAUUUUAAGCACUCAAAAAAGUUACCUCUAGUCUAUUCCCCGAUUUUUACAAGCCCCAGGCCCAUGGAACAGAUGGAAGCUUUUGAAUUAAUAAUUCUAACUGCAAAAGCUAACUUCGAGUUAUUUCACAGCAGCUAGUGGUAAAAAAGAUCAUGCCAGCAGUGUUACAAACGUUUCUAUUCACGGUUUUAUCGGCCACCAACCUGCUUACUUCAGGACACCCAGAAUGGUGGCAGAGGUGUUGUUUUCAACCCUUCUUGGAAUGAUGGCGGUGGUUGGCUGGAUGGUAGUGGUUUUUCUUUGCUGGGUGGCAGUGAAUUUUGUGUAAGUGAAUAUGCAAUGCUCAUUAAUUAUUCAUCAAGUUAUGACCAAUGCCUUAAUCUUUUGUCAAAUUCCCUAAUAUUCUGUUUACAAAUCGACAAAAAUAUUCGAGGGUAUACACUUUUAUUUACCGUAGAAAUGACGUCAAAAUGUUCAAAUCUCUAUUGGAACCACGAGCUGUAGGCGAGUUGUUUUUCACUGCAAAGCAGCUUAACUCAGUUUGUGACUUGUGAUGGGUUGAAGGAAAUUUGAAGCAUACUCUGAUUGACUAAUUUCUUCAAACGUAUUUUGGACAAAUUUGGACAGUCUGCACUGGUUUCCCCGCGAAAUGACGUCUGUGAAACUAGCGCGGAAAUUCCAUACUGAUGACGCGUCACUACUUAAAUCGGUGUAAUGCUUCUGAUUGGUCGUGCCGCGUGGGAAAUUGGGCUCCAGCCAAUCAGAAGCGCUACCCAGACCUGGAUAGGGCCCUUAAAUAGGCCCCCGGAUAGUGACGCGUCAUCAGUAUGGAAUUUCUGCCCUCGUUUCUUUUCGCGGGGAGACUAGUGUUGGCUUCGCGAAAUGUGGGCUGUUUUCUCAGUCUAACAUUUGGAUAAAACUUUUCUUUUUGCUCUGCACUUUUAUCAGCUCUGCCAGGAAAAAACUUUCAGGCGCUAAAGAUCCGGUAAGUCAAAUGGAAGAGGGAACUGCGGCGGAAACUCAGUCACAAGACACAGCCCCUCAAGCGCUGAUUGAAGGUUUGAAGAGACAGAGACGGAACUCACAAGGUUUUCCAGAAAAUGCCAUUGUUAACUCAGAGGAUGAUGACGUCAUAGAGGAGGAAGAUUAUCUGAAGGAAAAAAUGAAGAAACAGAGACGCCAUUCUCAAGGCUAUGCAACUGAGGCUGUAUCCAUUGACGAGGAAUCCAAUAUGGUCGAAAUCAACUUGAACGAGGCUCUUUACUCCUCGGGAAGUUAA